UGACCAUGGACUGAGCAUAGAGUAAGGACAGAGACUGAGGUUUCCAUUCGAUAAAGUUGCUUUGAAAUCAAUGAAUUGUAAUGAAAAUUGCAGUACUGAAUGACCCAUCUUUUUAGUAGAAUCCUCGAAAUCUUGGGUCGGGAAAAAUGUGUCUUUCAUCACUGGGCCUCGGGAGUCGAAAUGUGCUGUCAGAGACUUUUUUGUUCGACCGAAAGGCCUCCAUGACACUCGACUCGGACAUUCCUCGAAAGUGUGCUCUCUAAAGAGUUACAUAAUAAGCAUUAAUAGGCAUUUAGUGACAUUGAAUGGUUUAUUUGGAACAACAAUGGAGGAGUCAUACACAGCCCACUGCCGUGAUGCCGUCAAGAAUGUUUACAAGCUGUGCUGUCCACAACGGAGUUGGAGUUGGACACCACUGAUGACCUCACCGGGUGCAGUGGGUAGACCGUUACCGGCUUUCGCAGCGGAGGCCCCGGUGAUUUUAUCGUGGUGUUCAGGACGACUUCCUGGUAAUCUCGGAGAUUGGUCGGUAAUUGGCACUCAGCAAUGGAAUCAAUCAGUGAUUUGAGAGAUGCGUUGUUGAACUGGAUGUGUGGCACCAACUUCACCCAGCCGUUACGAGCCAACCUUCGAGCGAAGUCUUUCGGGCUCUUCGUCGCCGAUCAAACGCUCCUCCAGAAUACGUGUCUGGUGGAUACAGUCACUUCCAUCCCUCAUGUUCUAGCCAUCCUCAUGUUCCCGUUGAUCCUGAUUAGUAUCCGUUGUUGUAAUGCUAACCUUAAGGGUCUCUUCAGCUCCAAAUACCUCAUCAAGUAUCCUGGCCACGGUAGACGCUGGGUGUGCAUCUUGCUCCUCAUCGUCGCUCUGAUAGGCAGUGGCGUUGAGGGAGCCCUAACCGACGCAAGAUACCGACACUGUUCACACCCGACCCAGCCUCACUUGUACCUCCCAGAUGCCUGCGCUGUCCUGGCGACCAUUCUUGCCAUCCUUUUCAACCAUCAGAUGGAGGUCUGGAGACGGCCCAAGAUGGCAUGGUUAUUGCUCAUCUAUUGGUCGGCGGCAAUCGCUGGGAACUCUAUUUACUUGAUUCAUUUGGACUAUCGGCAGUUAGCAGAGCCAAAUAUUGCCACCUUUGAUUUUGCUGUGAUCACCCUUGCACUUCAUGGCAUAUUACUCCUAAAUGAACUCAAUGUUAUAAGGUUAAAGGUCGUCUUCAGAAAGUCUCCAAGACCAAACUCCUCAAAGCCGCAUGAAAAGUUUCAGGACUCGGUAUACUCGGAGCUCCCCUCCGAUCUGAAGGAUCCUGAGAUGCACUUCAUGGAUGAGAACUGCAGCAUGCUCUCCCGUAUCACAUUCUACUGGCUCGGUCGUCUCCUCAAGAUCGGUUUUAAGCAUCCUCUGGAACUGAAAGACUUGGGAUCUCUGCCGGAGAUCCACCAAGCACGAUUCAACCACGACAGAUUCAUGAAAGUGCUCGAGAAAGAAGCGAAGAAAGCUGCAGCAGCUGGAAGAAUGAUUCAUCUAUGGAGAGUUUGCUUCAGGGCUUAUUGGUGGGAAGUCAUGACAACAGGAUUGCUCAGACUCAUAGCGGAGCUAGUGCGUCUUAUCAAUCCUCUAGCUAUCAGUGGUCUUGUCUUGUACAUCACUGAAAACGAGGUGGAAAAGAGACAGAAGCAAGAACCUGAUUAUCUGACGAUUCAAGAGUUCUUCUCUAACGGGUUCGUCCUGGUAGGGUUGAUAUUCGUCAAUACUAUUACUCGGUCCAUGUGCCUGACAACGUACUGGCACUGGAUGGUGUUGAUGUCACUUCAUGUGUUCAACGCGAUACAGACAGUGGUUUACGACAAGUCUCUGCGAUUGACAAACUACAGCAACUGCAAAGGCUCACUCAAUGUUGGUCAAAUCACCAAUCAUAUCUCCACGGAUGCCUCCAAUAUUUAUUCCUGUUUCACGCUACUGCACCAAGCCUGGAUCAUGCCAUUGCUGGGAUUUCUUACAAUCUCACUUCUGUUUUUUGAGAUCGGAGGUUCAGCUGUGCUGUGUGUAGCAGUCAUGGCCAUAACUAUCUUAGUCCACUCCAAGGUUGCCUGCUGGGUGGCCAAGAUACAGAAACAAGUAUUGUUUUUCUCUGAUGAGCGACUGAACAAAUGCAGCGAGAUGUUCCAAGGUAUUAAACUCCUGAAGCUUCACGGCUGGGAAAAACUCCACUGUGAAUCUAUCAACAAGGUCAGAAGCAAGGAGCUAUGGGAGACGCUUAAGGUCAAUGUACUCAUGGCUGUAUCCGAUGUCUUGACCUUCAUAUUCCCGUUUUUCAUCACCUUGACGGCAUUUGGUUCCUUUACCAUCUUAAGCAACAAAGCGUUGACCCCAGAUGUGACCUUUUCAUCCUUUGCACUGUUCAACAUUGCCAUGAGUGUCAUCUAUAACUUUCCAACGGCGCUGGCGUAUUAUGUCAAUGCUAUCAUCAGCGUUCGACGAAUUCAGGAAUUUCUGUCGGCGCCUGAAGUUGAGAAAAGAUCCGAUGAAUGUGGAGAUGAAUAUACGGAAUCAAAGCCCUCGUUGUCUCCAAUUCAUGAGAAUUCAAAUGGCUCUAGCAAUGUAACCAUAAAACGCAGCAGACGAUUCCUUGCACGCAAACGGCGCCAGGAUGAGAGUGGAGAGCUUCUCAUCCCAUCCACGCCCCCCGCCCUCAUACCGGCCACGCCCCCUGCCCUCCCCAACGACUCCACCCCAAGUCCUUCCGCAACCUCGACGUCGCCUAGUGAGGACAGUGAUAAUAAGAAGAAUGAAGGGUUGCCGAGCAACGUCGCUGUCAAGAUCGAGAAUGGGUAUUUCACAUGGGAUCCUGAAACCAAUGUACCUGUGCUAUCAAACAUCAAUCUUGAAAUUCCCACAGGGAAGUUGACCGUGAUUAUUGGACCGGUCGGAAGUGGUAAAUCAUCACUCGCUCAGGCCAUCUUGGGAGAAAUGAAAACUUUGUCUGGAAGCGUCAAACUGAAGAAGAAGAAGAACACCAUCGCCUAUGCAGCACAGAAAUCGUGGUUAAUCAAUGGCUCCUUGAGAGAAAAUAUCUUGUUUGGCCAGCCUUAUCACGCUAAAAGGUAUCACAAAGUUCUAAAGGCAUGUGCUCUUCAAGCAGACAUUGAUGUUCUACCGGCUGGUGACCUGACCGAGAUUGGUGAGAAAGGCCUCAACCUGAGCGGAGGACAGAAGCAACGUGUCAGCCUUGCUCGGGCCAUCUACUCUGAACGCAACAUUGCCAUCAUGGAUGACGUGUUGUCUGCUCUUGAUAUGCGUAUCGGCACGCAGGUAUUUGAGGAGGGGAUUAUAAGAAUGAUGCGUAGAUCUCGUCAUACAGUCGUACUGGUCACGCACCAAUUACAGUGCCUUCAGAAAGCCGAUCAUAUCAUCGUGAUGAAAGACGGCAAGAUUAGCCGGCAAGGAACCCGCCAGGAAAUCGCCCGUCUGGACCCCGCCCUUUAUUGUCGCUGGAAGAGGGCCGUACAUCUCGUCAGCGAGUCCGAGACGGAAUCGGAGGUGGAGUCUGAGACCAUGAGAGAGGAGAGGCAGAACCUCCUGAAACAAGUCACCAAGUAUCAGAUGGAAGAAGAGGAUAGACGCAAAACAGGGACCAAAGAUGGAGCGUUGAUCCAGGCUGAGGAGCGUGAGAAGGGGCCCGUCUCCUUCAAGGUGUACGCUUACUUCCUGCAUGCGAUGGGAUACAGAGCCCUAGCUCUGAUCAUCGCUACCUACCUCAUGAGGGAGUCUCUUAAGAUGUGUGCCAACUUCUGGCUGACCAGUUGGUCUUCGGCCGGUCAACAGAGUAAAGAGAGUGGUUUGAAUGAGGAGUCAGUGACAAUGUAUUACUUGAUUGGAUAUGCAGCUAUUGUAGUUGGCUGCAUUCUAGCGUCUGUCAUAGCCGGGGCUAGCCUGGUUUACUCUCUCUUCAUAGCCGCUCAGCACCUACAUGACGGUAUGCUGCAUAACAUCAUCAAAGCACCAAUGAGAUUCUUUGAUACCACACCAGUGGGGCGAAUUCUUGUGCGUUUCUCCUUCGACACGGCCGUGAUUGACAGGGGUAUCAUUGACACAGCGGACAACCUUCUCUUCUAUUUCCUGUCCUGUCUUUCUGCCCUCGUCAUUAGUACGGUCGCCAUGCCGCUGUUCUUCAUUGCCUUCCUCCCUAUCUGCCUGUGCUAUUUCUUCCUCCAGAAAUAUUUCAUCGAAACUGGGAGAGAAUUGAAACGUCUUGAGAGCAUCUCCAAGUCACCAAUUCUGAGUCACGUCAACGAAACAUUGGAUGGACUCGCAACAAUCAGAGCCUUCAGAGCUGAAAGGCGAUUUUUGGACAUUCUACAGGAGAGAGUAACAACAAACACCAAAGUGUAUGCCUACCUGUGGUGUACCUACCGCUGGAUCACAGUCAGAAUGGACAUUCUCGGUUCACUGAUGGUGUUAGUCACUGGUGUUUGUACAACGUACAGCGCUUUGUAUAACGGCCUGGAUCCUAGUCUUGCUGCCCUAGCAAUAACAUACGUGCUAAAGGCGUCGAGUCAAGUCAACCUCCUGAUACGCCGUGCCACUGACAUGGAGAUCCAGAUGAACGCUGUAGAGAGAGUCAAACACUACACCAGCAUUCCUAAUGAGCUCUACCUCGGCACCAAGCCGCCUUCGGAUUGGCCUUGGAAAGGUCAUGUGACAUUCAACAAUGUGUCCCUGCGAUACGCAAAGGAUCUCCAACUCGUUGUUCAGGGAGUGAAUGUUGAACUUCGACCUGGGGAGAAGGUUGCUCUCUGCGGUCAGACCGGAAGCGGCAAGACAUCAUUGGCACUCUCCCUCUUUAGAAUUCUCGAUAUUUGUCAAGGUGAGAUUUUGAUAGAUGGUGUUGACAUUACUACAGUACCAGUUGAGCAUUUGCGACGAGCGUUGUCGAUAAUUCCUCAAGAUCCUGAACUGUUCACCGGCUCCAUCAGGCGGAAUCUGGACCCAGAGUGCCUGAGCUCAGACAUUGAGUUGUGGAGUGCUUUAGAGAUUGCCCAACUCAAACAAGUCGUCUCCGGCCUAGAAAAAGGACUCGACUCCGACGUUGCAGAGGGUGGAGAGAAUUUCAGCAUAGGUCAACGUCAACUCUUCUGCCUCGCCCGUGCUUUCUUAAGAAAGUCUCGUAUUCUAGUCAUGGAUGAAGCAACUGCUUCCAUGGAUAUGGAAACGGACAAGAUUUUGCAGGAGGUUAUUGCGACUACCUUUGCUGAUCGUACCCUACUGACAAUUGCACAUCGCUUCUCCACCAUCAUGAACUUUGACACGGUUCUGGUACUGAGUAAUGGAAAGAUCAUCGAGCAUGACUCACCAAGGAAGUUGAUGAACGAUGAGGACAGUGCUUUUGCUGCACUGGCAAGAGGCAAUGAAUGAGAUUGCAGAUCAGGGAAGACUGGGUCAAGUUUAGUUUAAUAAUAAGGUGACAAUUUUAGGGUGCAUUCGUUUAACUUCCCUGGGUCGACCCCGAUGUUGCAUAUAUUAUUUUUUUUCCAGUACGAACGUGUGCAAAUGUUUACCCACGCUCCACCUGGAAAAAAAAAAGACGCAUCA